AUGAGGACGCCAGUUUACUUCCAAGUCCAGGUCCCUGUCCACACCAUCCAGGAUUACUUCGGCCGGACGCACAUCCAUGCCCACCUGCACCCUGCUGGAGAUAUUAUCCCGAGGCCGGACGUCACUCCGUGCCAACUCCGACUAACAUCUUUGCCGCAGCACAUCCUGCUAAGAUGUCACUCAAGAAAGAAGCUGUAUGUGUGUUCAAAAUGUGGGCAACGCUGUACAAGUCCAUCAGCUUUUAUUACACAUGAGAGAAUUCACGCAAGAGAGAAGCCAUAUUCAUGUUCAGAAUGUGAAAAAUGUUUCCCAAGUAAAUCAGGUCUUGUUCAACAUCAGAGAACUCACACAGGAGAGAAGCCAUUUUCAUGUUCAGAAUGUGGGAAAUGUUUUUUAUGGAAAGAAAAUCUUGUUAUACAUGAGAGAAGUCACACAGGAGAGAGGCCAUAUUCAUGUUCAGAAUGUGGGAAAUGUUUCAUAAGUAAACCUCUGCGUGCUGGACAUGAGAGAAUUCACACAGGGGAGAAGCCAUUUUCAUGUUUAGAAUGUGGGAAAUGUUUUACAAUUAAAGCAGAGCUUGUUAUACAUGAGAGAAGUCACACAGGAGAGAAUCCAUUUUUAUGUUCAGAGUGUGGAAAAUGUUUCACAACUAGAUCAUAUCUUGUUAUACAUGGGAGAAGUCACACAGGAGAGAAGCCAUAUUCAUGUACAGAAUGUGGGAAAUGUUUCAUAAGUAAAUCUAUGCGUGUUAGACAUGAGAGAACUCACACAGGGGAGAAGCCAUUUUCACAGAAUCUACAUUCAUGUUCAGAAUGUGGAAAAUGUUUUAGAGAUAAAUUCCAUCUUGUUAGACAUGAGAGAACUCACACAGGAGAGAAGCCAUUUUCAUGUUUAGAAUGUGGGAAAUGUUGCUCAAGUAAAUCAAAUCUUGUUACACAUGAGAAAAUUCACACAGGAGAGAAGCAAUUUUCAUGUUCCGAAUGUGAGAAAUGUUUCCCAAGUAAACAAAGUCUUGUUACACAUGAGAGAAUUCACACAGGAGAGAAGCCAUUUUCAUGUUCCGAAUGUGAGAAAUGUUUUACAGCUAAAAGCACAUCUUGUUUUACAUCAGAGAACUCACACAGGCGAUAAGCCAUUUUUAUGUUUAGAAUGUGGGAAAUGUUUCCCAAGUAAACAUAGUCUUGUCACACAUCAGAGAACUCACACAGGAGAGAAGCCAUAUUCAUGUUCAGAAUGUUGAAAAUGCUUUACAGGUAAAUCAAAUCUUGUCAGACAUGAGAGAAGUCACACAGGGAAGAGGACAUUGUGAUGUUUAUUUGCUCAAAUAUUUUUAUUUAAAUAUUGUGAAUAAAGUAAACAUGAGCUUUACAUCCCAG